CUGGAAAGCGUAAUACAACUCUUGAUUGAUAAACUGAAAAUCGAUCUGAAAGAAGAUUCCUCUAGCAUCAGAGACGAUGUGUCAAAUCUUCGAGACGAUGUGUCAAAUCUUCGAGACGAUGUGUCUAAUCUAAGAGAUGAUGUAUCUAAUCUAAGAGAUGAUAUGUCUAAUCUAAGAGAUGGUCAAUCGGAUAUAAGAGACAUUAAUUUUAUAUUGAUGAAGCAUUUAGAUGAACGCAUAAGUGGCAACAUCGUCAUAAAUGACUCUAAAGCUGAUAUUCCAGUUAUCUCUGACGGUAAUUGCAGCAAGGCAUUUGGGGCAGACACUGUAAAGGAAGAUCUUGAUAUGUUGAAAGAACAAAUGAAGAAACUAGCAGAUGUAUGCAAGACAGAAUCAGAUGUCGAAAUAUAUAAAGAACCAUGUACCAAUGCCACUUUGUCUAUAUCAGAGGACUGCGUUGGAGGACCUGAUGGUGUUAAUAUAAUUCUUACCAAAAGAGGAAAACAAAUUCUUGCAAGAUGUGAAGCCGGGUGGCUUAUCAUUGCACAUCGUUAUGAUGGAAGUGUAGAUUUCAAUCUAGACUGGGACAACUACCAACAUGGCUUUGGCAAUAUCCGGAAAGAACACUUCAUAGGAUUUGAAAAUAUUUUGCCUGUGUUGCUACAGAAGAGAUACAAAGCUAGGUUUGACCUCACAACAUGGGAGAGUGAGACAGGAUACGCUGAAUACCAAACCUUUGACAUUAAUGACAAGAAUGACAAAUACAGAAUAAGUAUUGAUGAUUAUAGUGGAACAGCGGGUGAUUCGAUGCAAUGGUCAAACCAUAUGCGAUUCACUACCAAGGAUAACGACAAUGAUAGGCGUACUGGUAAUUGUGCCGAAGGGCACGAAGGACCUUUUUGGUAUGACUCGUGUAAUUGGGGGAAUAAAGGCUCUAUUUUUGGAAGGUACGCGAAGAAUCCAAAAUGUUCAAAUGCGUGGAACUGUUUAACUUGGUAUGAUUGGCCUAAAAAGCUUCCUGGUGUCGAUAAUAAUUCUUUGUACUCUUUUAAAGAAGUAAAGAUCAAGAUUCGACCUAUUUAUUAA